AUGAUCGCAGUAUUACGGCCCCCAUUCCCCUCGCUUUCUGCCGAUAACUCCAUUUCCAGCGGGGGUGCGGGUCACGUUUAUGCCAUCGGCCAGCAUCUCGUUCUCAAAUGCCCAAUCGUUCUCGACAACCCUCACCCAACACAAGUGGCAAUGAUGGAGGAGAGUCAAACUCAGAUCGACUGUGAAAAGGCGAUCUACAAGGUCUUGAUGGAGGACCGGCAUCCCCAUAUUGUCCAUGCCGUCUUAUGCGUCCCUGGAGGUAUCUUUAUGCAUCGCCAAGCCAUGACCCUUAAAGCUCGCUUGAAGAACCCCGGUAUUCCUCAAGAUUUAAAGAACCGAUGGAUGAAGCAGCUCUCGAGCGCGCUAUCCUGGCUUGAGCAUCUCGGUUUCGCCCACGGGGACCUCAGACCUGCCAAUAUCUUUCUGAGCACAGAAGAAGACAUCAGGCUAGGUGAUUUUGACUGCACAGUCAAGAUUGGGGAGAAGCUGAAGGCUGGAGGCGGUUCUUACGGAAAACUGUACGAAAACUACCAGUUCCCUGACGCCGGCCCAAUGACCGAACAGUACUCUCUUGGGUCUUGUAUCUUCACUAUCCAGUUUGGCCAUGAGCCCUGGCACGAGAUCGAUGAGCCUCAGAAGAUCCUCAAGCUCAUCAGGAAUGAGUUUCCCGACGCUUCAGGGGACGGGGUAUUUGGCGAAAUCAUUCAAAAGUGUUGGUUUGGAAAGUACGAUUCGAUGCGUGAGGUUGAACAAGACAUUCUCAGCCGGCUGGGCUUAAAGGAGGCGGAGAAUGACUGCUCGGGUAUCGAUGAAGAGUUUUCGUCGAUGCUAGUAGCUGAAUGCAAGGCGUUCCUUGAGAAGGAAUUAAGAAAGCCAUAG